AUAGGAUAUAACGAUAUUAACAGCAAUUUAUCCAAAAGCGUUGGACCAAAUUUUCCCGCUAAAAUUGAUGCUACUCACUGCAAAUCCAACUCAACCAUGGAACUCCACCGUUCCCACACUCUCUCUCCUCCACCAUUACAAGACAUUCAACGACAUCAAACAAAUCCAUGCUCGCCUCAUUACAACUGGGUUUAUCAAAAACCCUUCUCUCACCUCAAAACUCAUCCUCAAUUUCUCUUCUUCCCCUUUUACUCCUCUUAUCCAAUUUGCUCGUUUCCUUUUGUUUUCGCAACAUAGCUAUAUGAUUUCGACUCAAAAACAAACUCAUUUCGAUCCUUUUCUCUUUAAUUUGGUGAUAAAAUCAUUUGUUGUUGGUAAUUAUGACUCAAAGCAGGCUCUUUUGAUUUUCGCUUUCAUGGUCGAGAAAGAUGUUUGUGUUGAUAAGUAUUCGUUUUCUUUGGUUCUGAAAGCUUGUUCUCGAUCUAGGUUUUUAAAAGAAGGUAUGCAGAUUCAUGGGUUGUUGAGGAAAUUAGGUCUUGGAUCUGAAUUGUAUCUGCAAAAUUGUUUGAUUUCAUUGUAUGUGAAAUGUGGAUGUGUUGAGCUUGCCCGCCAAGUGUUUGAUAGAAUGCCUAAGAAAGAUUCUGUUUCUUAUAACGCGAUGAUUGAUGGGUAUGUGAAGUUGGGUUUCUUGAGCCUUGCUAGGGAGUUGUUUGAUUGUGUGCCUGUUAAAGAAAAGAAUUUGAUAUCUUGGAAUUCUAUGAUUGGUGGGUAUUUGCAGUUCAAAGAUGAGCUUGAUAAAGCUUGGGAGUUGUUUGAGGUGAUGCCUAAGAGAGAUAUGGUUACUUGGAAUUUGAUGAUUGAUGGACUAGUGAAAUGCAAGCAGAUAGAAGUUGCCCACGGUUUAUUUGACCGAAUGCCUGAAAGAGAUGCAAUCACUUGGGCCACAAUGAUCGAUGGCUAUGCAAAGACGGGUACCCUUGACAUUGCGAGGAAUUUGUUUGACCAAGCCCCUGUAAAAGAUAUAGUGGUUUGCAAUGCCAUGAUGUCUGGAUAUGUUCAAAAUGGAAAUUUUUCUAUAGCAGUGAAAUUUUUCCAAGAUAUAUUACAAAUGGAUUAUUUGUUCCCUGACAGUAUCACACUCUCAAUAGUUCUUUCUGCCAUUGCGCAAUUAGGCCAGGUUGAUGAGGGCAUCAAUGUACAUUCCUAUAUAGAGGCCAAUGGGGUUAUCGUUGAUGGUAGUCUGGGCGUGGCUCUUAUAGAUAUGUACUCAAAAUGUGGCAGCAUUGACUGUGCAAUUCAUGUAUUCGAAAGUUUGAAAAGAAAGGAUGUUGAUCAUUGGAAUGCCAUGAUAGGAGGAUUGGCUAUUCAUGGGUUGGGUGAAUUAGCAUUUGAACUUUUCAUGGAAAUGCAGAAACUCCUUUUGAAGCCAGAUGAUAUUACAUUCAUUGGUCUGCUAAAUGCUUGUGGUCAUGCUGGUUUUGUGAAGGAAGGAAAGAUAUGUUUUGAACUGAUGAGGAGAGUGCAUAAUUUGGAGCCAAAACUCCAGCACUAUGGAUGCAUGGUUGACAUCCUUGGUCGAGCUGGGUAUCUGAAAGAAGCGAAAGAGUUCAUAGACGAGAUGCCUAUUGAACCAAAUGUCAUAAUUUGGAGGACAUUGCUUAGUUCUUGUAUUAAGUACAGAAACUUUAAUCUGGGGCAGCAAGUUGCAGAGCAUCUUAUGAGGGUUGAUUUUAAGAACUCGGGUUCUUAUGUGCUUCUGUCUAACAUGUAUGCUGGAUUUGGGAUGUGGGAAGAUGUUAGUAGGAUUAGAUCUGUAAUGGAGAACAAGGAUUUGAAGAAACUUCCUGGUUGCAGUUCUAUUGAACUGGAUGGAGCAGUCCAUGAGUUCCUUGUUAGAGAUAAGACACAUCCUCAUACAGGUGAGGUCUAUUCUCUGUUAGACAACUUCAGUGCUUCAGGAUUCAGCUUCAAGUUUGAAUCAGAAGUUACAGAGUUUGAACUAGUUAACUAGUUAAAUUGAAUGCUUUGAAGGACAUCGAUCUUAGGUAUGACUUCAAUUUUAGUAAUUGUAAUAUGUAUAUAACUUUCAUUUUUGUCCACAAAUAUGCAUGCAGAAGCUUGAUGUAUAUGUCAAACAGAGUAAUAAACCACUGCAAGAUAAGAUAUCAAUGGUCCUUUUUGGAGGUUAUCCUUCAUUUCCCUAUGAAA